AUGGCUUUGCCUCCACCCCGGGGGUCUUUAUCGCCGACGGCAGCAGCGCCAGCGCCAACACCAGCGCCAGCUCCCGUACCAGUUACGCUAGAAGCUGAUGACGCCGAAGCCUUACUUGACGAUGGCGAUUCAGCGCUUGGAUCUGAACAGGGAAGUUCCACAACCUCACUCGCAUCAAGUAUUACUAGGUACCGCAUUGAAAAUGGACGCACAUAUCACGCAUAUAAAGAUGGAAAAUACGCAUAUCCUAAUGAUGAUAUGGAGCAAGAGAGAUUAGACCUACAGCAUCAUCUGUGUACUAUCACACUUAAUGGUAGGUUAUUUACGGCUCCUAUUGACGUGGAUAAGAUUGAGAGGGUUCUGGAUGUCGGGUGUGGAACAGGAAUUUGGACUACGGAUUUUGCGGAUGAGUAUCCCCAUGCUACAGUGUUGGGUAUUGAUUUAAGUCCCAUUCAACCCAUGUUUGUACCACCAAAUGCAAUAUUUCAAGUGGAUGAUUUGGAAGAGGAAUGGACUUUUGGGGAUGGUGAUAAGUUUGAUUUUAUCCAUACGCGGAUGAUGACUGGGAGUAUCCAGGAUUGGGAUCGAUUUUUUGAACAGGCUUUUGAAAAUCUCAAACCAGGAGGAUACAUCGAAGUCACAGAUAUCCUACUUCCUCCCACUAGUGCAGACGGUACACUGAAAGCCGAUUCUCCGCUUCUCAAAUGGGCAAAUUUGCUUCUAGAGGGAAGUAUUUUAGCGGGUAGGGGUCUUGAUAGUGCGAUGACGUAUACGGAGAAAUUGGCGAAGGUGGGUUUUCAGGGGAUUAAUGAGACGAUUCAUAAAUGGCCGGGUAAUAAGUGGCCCAAGGAUCCUAAGGCUAAGGAGCUUGGAAUGUGGCAUCUAGAAAAUAUGACGUCUGGGUUGAUGGGGAUUAGCUUGGCUCUUUUUACGAGGGUGUUAGGGUGGUCUGUGGAGGAGCUAGAGGUUUUUUUGGUGGAUGUUAGGAAGGAUAUGAAGGAUACUUCGAUUCAUACUUAUUGGCCUAUACAUGUGAUCCAUGCGUACAAGCCUCUGCAUGCUUAA